CACGUGACAGCGCACGGCCAAUCACAGGCGGGUGUUUACUCCUGGAGAAGCGUUGCUAACUGUACGGGUGCAAAUCCGUCUUUUCUGUAAUGUAAUAGUGCCAUUAAAAAGUUUUAUGACAAAAAACACAAAUAACCCAUUAUGGUGAACAAAGGCCCUUUAUGGAAAAGGGUGAAGUCUUACACCGGCCCCGUUCCCCGGGCGAGGCACGGCCAUCGGGCAAUAGCCAUCCGAGAGCUGCUGGUUGUGUUUGGAGGUGGAAACGAGGGGAUAGCGACCAACCUACAUGUUUAUAACACUGUGACGAGGCAAUGGUUCCUGCCAGCAGUGCGAGGUGAUAUCCCACCUGGCUGUGCUGCCCAUGGUUUUGCUUGUGAAGGCACACGAAUCUUGGUGUUUGGGGGCAUGGUUGAAUUUGGCCAAUAUACAAACAGUCUGUAUGAAUUGCAGGCUAGUCGUUGGCUAUGGAAGAAACUGAAGCCCCGCCCACCGAGGAACGGUCCACCUCCGUGUCCACGGAUUGGUCACAGCUUCAGUCUCCAUGCCAACAAGUGCUACCUUUUAGGUGGAAUGGCCAAUGACAGUGAAGACCCGAAUGGAAAUGUACCACGAUACCUGGAUGACUUUUAUGAACUCGAGCUACAGGCCCAGUCCGGGGUGAAAGGCUGGAACAUUCCAGAAACCAAAGGUGGAGGUCCAUCAGCCAGAGAAUCCCAUAGCUCGGUGGUGUACACGGGCACGGGUGGUAGCAGCCCAAAGCUGUUCGUUUUCGGGGGCAUGUGUGGCCAUAGAUUAAACGACUUGUGGCAGCUGGACAUUGAAACUAUGACCUGGACUUUACCUCCAACCCGAGGGGAACUUCCAUUACCCAGAAGUCUGCACACCUCUAAUGUGAUUGAAAACAAGUUGUAUGUGUUUGGAGGUUGGGUUCCUGUUGAAGAAGCACAUGACAUUCUCGCUACAGAUGGAGUCAAAUGGGUUUGCACCAACUCUCUUUCCAUUCUAAACCUCGACACGCUGACAUGGCAAAACAUGACUUCAGAAGAACAUCACAACGAAUCAGGUUUAGGUGUGCAUUUGUUGGAAGAGGAAGAAAGCAAAGCGCAUUGUCCGAAAGCACGAGCCGGACACUGUGCGUCAACCGUCGGCUCUCGUCUGUACAUCUGGAGCGGGCGAGAUGGAUACAGCAAGUGCAAUAACUUCCAGGUGUGCUGCAAAGAUAUGUGGUACCUGGAGACAGAGAGGCCUUCCACUCCUGGUGCUGUGUUCCUUGUGAAGUCUACAAUUAAUAUGUUACAUGUUGCCUGGCGCCCCCUGCUUGCAGCCGAAUGUUAUUUGCUUCAGGUGCAGUCUGUCACUUCUCCUCGUUCACCAUCCACUAAAGCUCCUUCAACACCGACUCCUCCACUAGAUUCAGCAGAUGGGAAGGAAGCUACACAAAAAGAUUCCCAGCCAUUAAAAAACACUGGAAGUGGAGAUUCCAAUGUUGCAGGAGAGAAGGACUGUUCGUUACAGGAAAAGCUUCGGAGGGCAAAAGAAACUGAUGAAGACAUCCGACCGGCAGGAGACAAAAACAGAAAAGAAGCAAGCCCUGCUUCUGAUGUCCCACCUACAACACAGUCUGAGGCUGAGAAUACAGAAGAGUCUGUGUGGUUUGAUGUAGGUGUUUUAAAAACACUGUUUUGUGAGGUUACACACUACUUCCUGCCUUCUGAGUCUGGUGACUUGGCAUCUACCCUAUCCAGUCAAAACUCUGCUGACAGUGAGUGGAAGCUGCCCGGUCCUCAUAGCUUUACAGGUCGUGUGAAACAGGAAUUGGCCUCGGGAGUCACGUACAGGCUUAGGGUGGCUGGUCUAAACAGCAGUGGUCUGGGUGACUUCAGCCCCGUCAGUGAGUUUAAGACCUGCCAGCCUGGAUUCCCAGGGGCACCAUCUGCUGUCAGAAUCACCAAGGAUACUGACUCCGUUCAUAUCACCUGGGAACCUCCUACCUCUCUGUCUGGGAAAAUCCUGGAGUACUCCAUGUACUUAGCUGUGAGAAAGAGUAAAGGAAACAGUGCAGAGCGACCCGGUGAGCUGGCCUUCAUCCGAAUCUAUCGCGGUACAAAGACGUCAUGUACAGUCAGCGAAGCCCAUCUAAGCAACGCACACAUCGACUGCUCAGCACGGCCCGCCGUCGUCUUCCGCAUCGCUGCCAAGAACGAACAGGGCUACGGUCCGGCCACUCAGAUCCGAUGGCUGCAAGAUGUGAGUAAACUCAAAUCCUCAGCGACGCAGCCAGACUCUGGUUCUCCAUUGGCAGAGCCUGAUACCACCUGCAAGUGAACUCUUACUCCUAAUGGUUAUGCCUGACUCACAGCAAAAACUUCAGCAUUGUAUUGCACUCUCAAUAACCUCGGAUGACUGAACCAGAUCUUACCUCACAUCAGUUUGCCCGUCUGUGUAUCAUAACAAAUGGACCUUCAAUGUAAAAUGUAAAUUAACACUUUUUUAUAUAUUUUUAAGUUCAUUGUUGUACAUAUUUUACUUUUUUCGUGGGAUCAGUUUAUAGGCAGGCAGCACAGGUAUGUCUUUAAAUCCCAAAUCUGGUUUCUGCGAGUUUCUUAUCUCGGAAGAAAAGCCACUUCCCCACAUGUAAAAAUGCACGUUGGACAUAACUAAAAAUAUACCUGUGUACUUAAAAAAGCUUAAUUGGCAGUAGUUUAAAGGUUCCCAAACUUUUUCAGUGUGCGGCCCCCCUUGUGUAUCGCUGUUCUAAAACUCAACAUUUUAAUAAAAAAUAAAAAAAAACAUUAAAUUAUACAAAAAAGUAGUGCUUUCGGUCGGUAGCCUUAUUUUUUUAGGUUUAAUUACACAGAAUUCAUGAUAAAUUAAUGUAUUUCAUAAAGUGUCAUAAAACUGGGGGGACCCGGCUCCCAGUUUGAAAACCACUGAGUUUUAACGACAACAUCCUCAAUGCUUCCUAGCCUUGUUUUAUAUAUAUAUAUAAAGCCCUGCUUACCAGGACACACUAUAUCAUCAUCAUCGCUGGAAAAUAUCUUUUCCUGUGCCUUAAAAUUGUACAUAAUUACAACGUAUGCUGAAUGAGGAAUGUGUAUCCUUUAUGGAGUUAAAUAUUCACGGUGUUAAUUAUACACAGCAACUUUCACAAUAUAUACUUCAAUUUAACUACUAUAAUCCAAUCUAAAAAGGACUUUCGAGUAUAGUUUACAUUUGUCUUGUUCUUAUACCAUGCCACUAUUCUAGAAAACUACAGCUAUUAGGUAGCUACACUGAUUAACACUUUGUGCCAUUUUAUAACAAAGCUUUUGUUUACCAAGUUUUCUAUUCUGAAUGCCAUUUUAGCAUCAUUUGUGUGUUUCACCAUGUUUUUCAGGUGUUGUAUUUGCCGGUUUGAAUGCACCACUCACUUCAAACCCAGUUUGAGUUUGUCAUUUAUUAUUUUUAUAUGUUUGUUCCACAAUGGUUUGCUCAAAUACAGUGCAUUUUUCA